AUGGAAGUUUGUAUAUUUUUUCAGCUCAAAUUACAUCAAGACGAAUUCAGUGGUCUGAUUGGAAAUAUCGCAUCCGGCCUCAUCCAGGAUAAAGUUGGUGGAAAUGCUGGUGAACUCUUAGGCGGCUUAGCAAGCAGAUUCCUUGACAGCGGUGGUGGCGGCGGUGGAGCCAGCGGGGGUGGAGGUGGAUAUCAGGGAGGCGAAUAUGGCGGCGGUGGAGGAUACGGAGGCGGAGGAGCUGGAUUUGGCAGUGGAUACGGAGGUGGAGGAGGUUACGGUGGCGGUAGAGGCUACAAUGAUCGGGAACGUGGUGGUGGUGGUGCAGCUGGUCUGGUUGGAAAUCUACUCGGUGGGAUUCUGGACAGCGGAGCAAGUCGUGGCGGUGGUGGAGGUGGAGGUUAUGGUGGCUUUGGUGGAGGCUACAGUGGUCAGGAACGUGGUGGUGAUAGUGGCGGCGGAGGUGCAGGUGGCCUGGUUGGAAAUCUUAUCGGUGGAUUCCUGGGCGGUGGUGGAAGUCGUGGUGGUGAUGGGGGCGGGGGUUACGGUGGCGGCGGGGGUUACGGUGGUGGUGGAGGCGGAUACGGUGGUGAUGGCGGCGUUGGUGGAUACGAUAGCCGUAGUCGAAAAAAACCCGAAAAAUUCAGUGAUCAGAUUGGUGACAUACUCGGCGGCUUCAUUUCCGGCGGCGGCGGCAGUGGCGGUGGCAGCGGCGGAGGAGGAGGUGGCGGUAGCGGUGGUGGCAUCGGGUUUAACGAUGUUGCAGGUAUAAUUGGCGGUAUUACUGGGCCGGGGAGCAAGAACGAGAAAAUUAGCGGCCUUAUCAGCGGGAUUGGUGGACUUAUUGGCAAAAAAAGCGGCAAAUAUGCAGGUGGAGGUACGCUGUUACUUCAUUUCAUUUCCCUGAAGGAGAGAACUUGGGAACGCUUUUCUCGAAUAAUAAUAAUUUUGUAUACUGAUUGA